UUUAGGAAAUGGGUAAUGAUUGUUUAUUUAUAUUGUACAGGUGCUGAAGGGUUUACAACAGAAGAGGACCAGGAGAUGAUAUCUCGCAUUGAAAAGCAACUGAAGAGGAGAUUUGCAAUUGGAUCUCAAGUGUCAGAACAUGCUAUAGUUCAAGAUUUCUUGAAACAGAAGUAUCCUGAGCGUGCUGUUUACAAAGUGUUGCAUUUCAUGAUUCGACGAGGAGAGUUGCAGCACCGCCUUCAACGGAAGAUGUUGUACAGAAUCAAGUAAUUAUGGUAUCUUGAGGAUAAAAUUCAUAUUUCUUUCUAAACAAUUAUAUGUAGAGUAAAUUAUAGUACAGUUGCUCUGCUCUACUAUUUUGAAAUAUGAUCAGUUAAUUUUGUACGUUUACCUGCUUAUGUAAAGUCUAUUAAGAGGUUGGAAGUGAAGAAAUUAUAGAGCGGGUAAAUGUUUGUAAACAACAAACUACAGUACUACAUUUAUAGUUUUAUGUAAGUGAUUUUUGUUUCUUUAAUAAAAUUUAUUCAUU